AUGGGACGUCGCGGAAUCGCGAAGGGCGGAAGCAAGGGGGCCGGCAAGUCCGGCGAGCAACCCAAAGAGUCGCAGUACGUCAAGCGUGUCGACUUGUACAAGUUCUUGGGCAAGUGGAUGUUGCGUUCCUAUCCGGACGAAAGGGGACGGCCUCUCAUGUUGGGCGCGAAAAAGUCCACUGCACAAGCGGCGCUGGAACCCGAGGCCUUGAGGGCCAUACUGGAUGCUGACUGCUGCGAGCUACUCCGACGCCCCACCAUGGGGCUCAACCUCGCGGCCGCUUCCAUAGACUGUGCGGCUUUGCUCGGGCCGGUGCUGCAGGAGAAGAUGGACAGUCUGUUGCCGAAGGUGACCUCGGAGAACUUCCUGGACAAGGUACAAUUCCUGAACCUGGCCCGCAACGUGGAGCGCAAUCCGGAGGAUGUUCCGGACCAAUGCAAGAGUCUGCUGAAGAAAGUGAAGCACCUGGUGAGGGAUCACGGAGAAGAUCUGGCCGCAGCGGCCGAAGCAGCGGCGGGAGUCUUCCUGGGGCUCAUGAGCAUCCUGGAGGUGGCGGCGGUGUCCAAGGAUAUGCGCGCGUGGGCCAAGGGCGACCCCGACGACGAGGACAAGUUCUUGGCAGCCGUCGCCAAGGCCGUGAAGGAAGACAACAAGAACACCACGCGGGCUCGGCGCUUCGGCGAGUUCGAGAUGCAGGCAGAGGACACGUCGUCCUCCCUCACGUUGCUCAGCAGUCAGGAUGACAGCCCCUCGUCGUCGGUGAUUCGCGCGAGCAAGAAGAAGCGCGGCAAAGGCAAGAAGCAGACCAAGGCAAAGACAUCGAAGAAGGCGAAGAAGAGCAAGCAGCGCAAAGAGGCAUCUUCCUCGCAGGACUAUAAGUGA